CAGUAUUUGCUGCUUUCAUUUUCAUUUUAAAUUCAUUUUCAUUCGUCUUUUGCUACGUGUAUUCGUGAACAUUCGAUCAUUUAUCACUCGAUAUUCCCUUUAUAUUUUUCUAGCUGUUUAUGGAUAUUUUUUAGUUAAUUCAUCAUUUUUGUCGUAUAGCAAUCGUAUAUAAAAGUAAAGAUACGUUUAGGUUAACUUACUCGCAAGAAAUUACCUUUUAUACAGGACUUUGAUACUAAUCAUUCAUUUUACUCAGGGGUUGGAAAAACAAGUAUGAUUAUCCGUUAUGUUGGGAAGGCGUUUAACGAACAUGUAAAUCCUACGAUAGGUGCAUCAUUUUUUACAUGUAAAUUAAAUGUGGACAAUGCGAAAAUAAUGUUACAGGUGUGGGACACAGCGGGACAAGAAAGAUUCAGAUCAAUGGCACCGAUGUACUAUCGAAACGCUAACGCGGCUAUGCUAGUGUUUGAUUUAACUCAAUAUAACACGUUUGCAGCAAUGAAAGGAUGGGUAACCGAACUUCGUAGAAACGUUGAAGAAGCUAUAGUGUUGGUUGUAAUAGGAAAUAAAUCGGAUUUGAUAAAAGAACGACAAGUCGAUGCCGAAGAGGGUAAAGUUUACGCGACAAAAAUCGGUGCCAGUUACCAUGAAACAUCGGUGCUUCAAAACGAUGGGAUCGAAAACGUAUUUUUAGAUAUCGGUAUGAGUCUUCUUACAUUAUCUUCGACCAAACAGGAUUCUAUGUCCAUCAGAGUAUACGAAUCAACAAAUUCGAUUUGGAACAGUACAGAUGUCUCGGUUACACCGUCCCUCGAGGAAUGCCCUCAAAAUCUUAGCAUUGCUCAUGGAAUACACGAAAGACCGUACACUUGCUGUUAGUCUUUUCUCACUGAUGAUUCUUGAAUUGUACCGUUUUUUUUUUUUUAUUAUUUUUUUUUUUUAAGAAUUAAAUUCUGGUUUAAC